ACGAGCCCGGCCUUGCUCCACCGGCGCGUAUGACCACGGUUUCGCGCCACUACUUCGGCGGUGCCUCCUCCGAGCACGACCAUGCCCUCCGCGUCGACAUCGUCGAGAAUAUUGAAGAGGAUUACGGGAUGUUCGUCUGGCCGUGCAGCGUCAUCCUCGCGGAAUACGUCUGGCAGCAGAGGUCGCGGUUCUCCCACUCAAGAGUUGUCGAGCUUGGUGCCGGAACCUCGCUACCCGGUUUAGUAGCUGCAAAAGUUGGAGCAGAUGUCACGCUGACAGACAUUGCACAUAAUACAGAAGUACUGAACAACAUCAGACAAAUAUGCAGUCUCAAUGAUGCCAACUGUAAGGUGGUAGGACUUACUUGGGGAGAAUGGGAUGAACCUGUAUUUGAUCUGCACCCUGAUAUUAUUCUCGGAGCUGAUGUGCUUUAUGAUUCAGCCAAAUUUGAUGAUCUGUUCGCGACGGUUACCUUUCUCUUGGAAAAUUCUCCUGAGGCAGUGUUCAUUACCACAUACCACAACCGGAGUGGUCAUCAUUUGAUUGAAUUCUUGAUGGUGAAGUGGGGUUUGAAAUGUCUCAAACUCCUGGAUGGGUUCUCAUUCCUUCCCUCAUGCAAGGCUGAUUCACUACAAGGAAACAUUCAGAUUGUUGAGAUCACACUUGAGAAGGCAAAACCUAAAUGAUCUUCAGUCUUAGGGACUUGGCUGACAGAAUAACCAACAAGGACAUGACAAUAAAAUGUUUGGGCAAUGACGACAUGCAACCGUGUACAUUAGGUAAUUCCAGCAGCUUGCAGAGU